UGGGAGGAGCCGCCGCCAGCCGCGCGGUCAGUGCCUCCCUCCAGACUCCGGAGGGCCGAGGGGGCACUGGAGAGAGCGCAGGCGACCGCCGGGGCUGGGCGCCUGCAGAAUGGGGAACGAGCGGCCCCACUACUACGGGAAACACGGAACGCCACAGAAGUAUGAUCCCACUUUCAAAGGACCCAUUUACAACAGGGGCUGCACAGAUGUCAUUUGCUGUGUGUUUCUGCUCCUGGCCAUUGUGGGCUACGUGGCUGUGGGCAUUAUAGCCUGGACUCAUGGAGACCCUCGAAAGGUCAUCUACCCCACGGAUAGCCGGGGCGAGUUCUGUGGGCAGAAGGGCACCAAAAACGACUCACAUUUUAAGGGCAGGAGAGACAGAGAGGGGACGGUCCUGGAGCAGACGUCAGGUGGUGAUGAGCAGGAACAAACCCUUCCUGUUUUAUUUCAACAUUGUGAAGUGUGCCAGCCCCCUGGUUUUGCUGGAAUUCCAAUGUCCUACUCCCCAGAUCUGUGUGGAAAAAUGCCCCGACCGCUACCUCACGUACCUGAAUGCCCGCAACUCCCGGGACUUUGAGUACUAUAAGCAGUUCUGUGUUCCUGGCUUCAAGAACAAUAAAGGAGUCGCUGAGGUGCUUCGAGAUGGUGACUGCCCCGCUGUCCUCAUCCCCAGCAAACCCUUGGCCCGGAGAUGCUUCCCCGCCAUCCACGCCCACAAGGGUGUCCUGAUGGUGGGCAAUGAGACGACCUAUGAGGAUGGGCACGGCUCCCGGAAAAACAUCACAGACCUGGUGGAGGGUGCUAAGAAAGCCAAUGGGGUCCUCGAGGCGCGGCAACUUGCCAUGCGCAUAUUUGAAGAUUACACCGUGUCUUGGUACUGGAUUAUCAUAGGCCUGGUCAUUGCCAUGGUGAUGAGCCUCCUGUUCAUCAUACUGCUGCGCUUCCUGGCUGGUAUCAUGGUCUGGGUGAUGAUCAUCAUGGUGAUUCUGGUGCUGGGCUAUGGCAUAUUUCACUGCUACAUGGAGUACUCCCGACUGCGUGGUGAGGCUGGCUCUGAUGUCUCUCUGGUGGACCUCGGCUUUCAGACGGAUUUCCGGGUGUACCUGCAUUUACGGCAGACCUGGUUGGCCUUUAUGAUCAUUCUGAGUAUCCUUGAAGUCAUUAUCAUCUUACUGCUCAUCUUUCUCCGGAAGAGAAUUCUCAUCGCGAUCGCACUCAUCAAAGAAGCCAGCAGGGCUGUGGGAUACGUCAUGUGCUCCAUGCUCUACCCACUGGUCACCUUCUUCCUGCUGUGCCUCUGCAUUGCCUACUGGGCCAGCACUGCAGUCUUCCUGUCCACUUCCAACGAAGCGGUCUAUAAGAUCUUUGAUGAUGGCCCCUGCCCACUCACUGCGAAAACGUGCAACCCAGAGACCUUCUCCUCCUCCAAUGAGUCUCGCCUAUGCCCCAAUGCCCGCUGCCAGUUCGCCUUCUACGGUGGUGAGUCGGGCUACCACCGGGCCCUGCUGGGCCUGCAGAUCUUCAAUGCCUUCAUGUUCUUCUGGUUGGCCAACUUCGUGCUGGCGCUGGGCCAAGUCACGCUGGCCGGGGCCUUUGCCUCCUACUACUGGGCCCUGCGCAAGCCAGACGACCUGCCCGCCUUCCCGCUCUUCUCUGCCUUCGGUCGGGCGCUCAGGUACCACACAGGCUCCCUAGCCUUUGGCGCGCUCAUCCUGGCCAUUGUGCAGAUCAUCCGAGUGAUCCUAGAGUACCUGGAUCAGCGGCUGAAAGCUGCGGAGAACAGGUUUGCCAAGUACCUCAUGACCUGUCUCAAAUGCUGCUUCUGGUGCCUGGAGAAGUUCAUCAAAUUCCUCAACAGGAAUGCCUACAUCAUGAUUGCCAUCUACGGCACCAAUUUCUGCACCUCAGCCAGGAAUGCCUUCUUUCUGCUCAUGAGAAACAUCAUCAGAGUGGCUGUCCUGGACAAAGUUACUGACUUCCUCUUUCUGUUGGGCAAACUUCUGAUCGUGGGUAGUGUGGGGAUCCUGGCUUUCUUCUUCUUCACUCACCGUAUUAGGAUCGUGCAGGAUACAGCACCACCCCUCAACUAUUACUGGGUUCCUAUACUGGUAUGGACCGCUGGGGAGAGAUGGGGGUUUGGGAAGAAAGAGAUGUUUUGCUGGUCUUCUUUGACUAGAUAAAUGGGGAUAGAGGUC